CCUGCAAGCGAGCCAAGACGCCUUCCUAAACAGCGUCAUGCGCCAUGACUUGCUCUUCAUGAACGAGAGAGGUAUUGACAAGCUGUUUGCCCAGUGGCGAGCGUCCCACGCUAUCUUUUCGUCCAUCGAGAUGGUCUCGACGGGAUAUGACGUAGUACGCGCGUCUGACGACACAUACCUCGUGGUGGUCACCGCCAUGCUGCAUUUGCGCCUCUCUCGCUACUCGCUGCAGUGUCUCUGUCCGCACGUUUUGCAGAACGAGUGGCUCGUCCAGCGCUUGGUCGGACAAGUGCUCUCGAUGCCGAUCGUCAACACAUUUCACUUUCAACCGGACGGUUCGAUCUCGCGCAUGGACACGGCCGCCAGCAUCAUUCCCGCUCUGCUCGCACUCGUCGGCGCCGAGAACGCACUUCUCAUUGUUGACGGAGCUCAGAUACAAGCCAACGGCGAGCUCACGAUACCACGAUGAUCAAGAGAUGGCGCUGGUUGCAAGGAUUCGAUGGCAGUAUUGCUACUAUGUUAUUGGACUAGUACACGUGUCGG